AUGAACGGAAACGCCAAGUGUGCUAUCUGCGCCAAGACCGUCUACGCUAUGGAGCGCAUGGACGCCGACGGCAUGUCGUUCCACAAGACGUGCAUGAAGUGCGAGGAGUGUAACUGCACCCUCAAGCUGGGCAACUACGCCUCGCUCGCCGGCAAGUACUACUGCAAGACUCACUUCAAGCAGCUGUUCAAGCUGAAGGGUAACUACGACCAGGGCUUCGGUCGCGAGCAGCCCAAGAUGAAGUGGCAGAAGGAGGGUGGCCUGGGCUUCGGCUCCGGCAGCCAGAGCAUGCGCCAGACCUCGUCGGCGCCCGUCUCCCCGGUCUCGUCGCCCGUGUUCCCGCGCCGCACCGUGGCCGAGACCAACGCGCCCUCGCCGCUGGCCCAGAAGCUCGCCGACUCCAAGGCCGCCGCGGAAGCGGCCGCGACCGAGGCCGAGGCCAACGGUGGCGCGUCGCCGGCCGAGGCCGAGCACGCCCAGGCCGAGGAUGCGGGCCGACGGCAGUUCGCGGAGGACCUGGCUGCGUUCGAGGCCGAGCGCCGCCGGUUCGAGCAGGAGAAGGAGGAGUUCGAGGAGGCGCGCAGGCAGUUCGAGGCCGAGAAGGAGCUGCUCGACCAGUCGGUGGCCCAGCUCGAGGCCGAGAAGAAGUUCCUCGAGAACGAGAAGCUCAGGGUCGAGCAGCCCACCGCCUAA